GCGGCAAUUUUUCUAUUUUCCUUCCAAAGAGAUUUUCAUUCCCAAACUUUUUUCACGAACUUCGUUCCCGCCAAGCAUUUCGAUUCUCUUUCUCUCUCUCUCUUCGAUUCAGAGAAGGAUGAAGAUUGAGUGUGUGACAUCUUUGCAGGAAAGCUGAACCACCAUGAGAGCAGCUAGACUGCAGAACAAGAGGACAAGCAAGGUUCCCAGAGGGUGCAGUGCUACUUUACGUGGUACUGGAGCCAACAAAUUUAGAAGGACUGAUCAAGGUGGCCACAAUAUAAAAGGUCAAGGUGAAUUUCUAGACAAGAAAGAUGAGCAGGCCUCUUCUUCUAGUGCAGUUGAUGGGUUGUGUAUGAAGCUUCCAAAUGGAAGUACAUAUCUUUCUGGAACAACAGAAUUGCCUGGACAUAAGCUUUGUCCAGGACAAACAUAUGUUCCUCAUACAAAGAUCAAGUUACAGCUUUUCCCGAUUGAUGAAGUCACUGGCAAGGGGUUGGAAAAGGAUGGACAUCAUCCAUAUUUGGAACUCACCCUAAAAGCUCGGAAGAAGAUUUCUUCUGUGAUUAAGCACCUUAAUAGCAAAUGGGGAAAUUCAAAGAUUGCUCUUGGUGAGCCAAUGCUAGUCCCAUAUAAUAUACGCGAGCAUAUGUCUGGUUGCAGAAGAUGGACAUUGCAUGACAGUGACAUUAGUGCAGGAGAUGUCCACGCAUCUAUUGGAGGCCCUGCAAUCUUCCGCUUAAGGUAUGGCUGGUUCUCAACUGUUGAUCAUAAAAGCUCUGAAGAGUGUUCUACAUCAUCAACUACCCGUGUAGAUUGUUUACAAUCUGAAGGCACACAUAGAGGUUUUACCACUGACACAAAAAAAACAAAUGAAGAGGGAAUACAAACUGUGGUAACAAGUGAAGAUGCCAAAUCAAUCAGGGAUGAUGGACAAAGGAUGGAAAGUAACCAUGGACUAUCAUCAGUUCAGUGGGUUGAUGGUCUAACUAAUAUAAGCAUUGGAGGCCUCCUGUCUGAAGCAUCUUUACAGGCCAAGUUCAAUAGCAGUGAUCCAAAAUCAAUAGGGAGCGCUACAUACAUGCAUCAUACUAAAAUAAACCCUGAUUCAAGAUCAUUGGGAUUCUGGGAUGAUAGUUUAACAAAUAUUAGCAUUGGUGGCCUCUUAUUUGAAGCAUCCUUAAAGGAGAAGUUCAGUAAUUCUGAUGCUAAAGUUAUUGGAAGCAAUAGAGAUUUGCAGGCAACACGAUUAAUUUCUGAUUCACUUGAUGCUUUUAUUUCUGCGCAAAAUUGUUUUCAAGGUUCAAGGCCAUCUACUCAUGACUCACGCUCAUCUAUUCUGGAUGCUGAAGAAACAUGCCAUGCAUUCCCUUUUCAAAAAGUAUCUUCCUCAGGAAAAGUUUUGGCUUCAGGAGGAAUUUCUAGAGGAUGCAGCCAGAAUUCUGGUUCCAAGUCAUUAAGAUUUCCUAAAUUGGCAGAGGUCAAGAGCCAAGCGGGGGCUCCAACUGAGCAGGCUUGUCAAGAGUCUGAGACAGAUCUUUCACUUUGUUCACGAGCAUAUAACGAUGAAAGCAGCCUUGGGCUGACUGGCAUCAAAUGGAGUGAUUCAUUGGGACCCUUCGAUCUUGGCCAACCUGCCUCCAGAAAAAUUAUAAAUGGAGAUAGUAUAAGCCUCAGUGGAUUUGUUAAGUAGCUGUUGGGAAGUUCAGCUGUUGGAAACUGGAACUUCUUUCCUCCCAGUAAUUAAAACACAUACAAAUAUGAGGAAACUAAUAGGUAAUGUAGUCAAGCUUCAAAACUGGAUAAUUGUCGGAGCAUAUUGAUUGUUUGUCAUACUGCUCUAUGGGCAAUUUGAGAGCUUUGCAGUUUUUUAGGUAAAUAAAAUAGUGUAGAAUUCAUUGUCGGCAAUAUUAUUGUAGUCUAAUUUCUUUAUCAAGAAAAUACCGUUUUUGCCUAACUUUUUUGAUGCAUCAUAAACUUGCUUGCUGGAAGCUGGAGUUCACUAGAAUCAAUUGCAAGCAGAGGGCAAUUUUAUAAUAAAGGGAGGUUUGACAAUUGUAUUUGAGACUUAAGUGUGAGUUUGCUUGCUUGCAAUUGUAUUAAUUUUUGUUUCUUUUUUGGUUAUUACUAAGACAAUGACCUGGGAUUUAAAUCCCAGAAGAGAGAAAGCCAAACUAUUUAGCUUAAGGGAAUAUAAAUGAUGAUUCUAAUUUCAACUA